AUGACGAAGCAGCUAAACCGGCCGAAACAACUCAACGCUUUUACCACCGAACUCAUAGUGGAGCUGAUCGAAGCGCUGCGGGCUCUCAACGAACAUCCCAAGACUGUUUUCACAGUGCUUACCGGAAAAGGACGCUUUUUCUCGUCCGGCGCUGAUGUGAAAGGAACGGGCAGCCCAUCGUUAUCGACUGAAUGGUCAUCCACCGCCCAAAAGAAGGUCGCUUAUCUGGGCUAUUUUUCUUCUGCCUUAGAACUUCUCCGUUCGAUGAUCGACCAUAAGAAAGUCUUUGUUCUUGCCCUCAAUGGACCCGCAGUGGGUGGUGGAGCAGCGUGGUUCGAGGGCAUUGCCGACAUCGUUCUAGCAGCCCAGGGGGUCUGGCUCCAGAUUCCUUUCAACGCCCUCGGUCUGGUCCCGGAGAACGGAAGCUCUACACUAUUUGCACAGACCGUGGGCGUCCACCGUGCCAACGACUUCCUGAUGUUCGGCCGAAAGCUGACAGUAGAAGAACUCAAGGACUGGGGGAUGGUGAAUCGCGUCUUCCCCGCCGAACACUUUCACGACAUCGUCAUCCAGUUUCUGGAGCAACAGCUCCACAUUAAUGAUGGGAAGAGUAUGAUGGAAACGAAGAGACUGCAAAAUCUGCCCUUGAGGCAGAAGCGCAUGUUGGCUGUGUAUGAUUCAGUCGACGCCCUCGCCGAAAGAUUUGUCGAAGACGCUCCCAAGAAAAGGUUCGAGGAAAAAAGGAAGAUGUUGGAAGCCAAAUCGAAGACGCGCUCGAAGCUAUAA